AUGGCUGAGAACGACGGAACGCCCCUGCCCAUAAUUGUGCGGGUCGGGGAGGAGGAAGCGACGCUAGAGGGUCCUCCUCCGGACACCAUGCUGGAACUAGAAGAGAAGACGCGCCAUGCACUUGGGUAUGGGGCUGGCGCGAAGUUUUGUUUCAAGUGGAUUGAUGAGGAGGAGGAUAUGAUCAUGCUGGGCUCAGAUGAAGAGCUCAAGGAAUCUCUGUCCUCGGUGUCAAAAUCUCAGAGAAAGCUGGUUUUCGUGGGUGAAAUAUCUGGCGAUACAAGCAAAGUCGCACCGCAUGCACCGCCCGUGCAAGAAGACCUUGACGCAGACCAUGCUGUAGAACAAGACAAAGAGAGCAUGAGCAUGGCGAGCUCAGUGAUAUCUUCUGUGUCGGAGCAGGAGAGGCAGGCUGAGAAAGAGAGUCAAGAAGUUGCUGCUGCUGAGGAAAAGUUCCAACAAUUGGAGCAGGACCAGAAACUUGCGGCUCGACUGGCUGAUGAGAUGGAGCAGGCCGAGAAAGCGCAGUUACAAGAGCAGGAGAAUAUGGCAAGAAAGAUGGAAGAACUCCUGCGCAUCCAGGACGAACAAGGAGAAGGGGAACAGAGUGCGGAAGCGAAGGAUGAGCAGGAGGAGAGGGAGGCCCCAUGCAAGCAGCAGGCCUCCAAGCAAAACGAAGAUGACUUCAGGAAUUCCAUCGACGAGGUGGCUUGCAACUUUUACGAUUUCUCCCUGACAUACCAUGCGCAAAGAAAACUUGGACGCAAAUUUUGCAACUCUCUGAGAUGGGAUUCGAUGGAUUUGCCGUCAGCAUGUGAGGCUCUUGCUGCAGAAGCCGCUUGUCGUGUGUAG